GUUAUGUAUAUGUAUAUGUACACGCAACGCAGAUUAGACAUUUACACGUACACGGCUGUACUGCAAAACUUAUGAACCUGAACAGCUUAUUUAGUUGAAAAAAGCCAAAGUUACCCGUGCAAUAAGUUAAACUUCACCCCCGAUUAUGAUCGAGAUUAUACAGCGAUAUUUUCAGUCUGCAACUGCGCAAGUUCGGUGUGAAUCACAACAGGUCAGCCUCGGGUUAGUCAUUUGGUUUUAAUCACGCCUAGCCUGUAGAUGAACGCUGUCUGGUGACGGGAGGAACCACAUCGGUCUUGCAAGGAGUUUACAACCGAAUAAACUGAAAUUAAUGUCUUUUUACAUAAGGAGAAUGUCAAGCCCAUGCCAGCAGAUGAGGAAACCAGAUUUUUGGGACUAGUGCCAGUCUGUGCAACAUGAGCUUGAACUUGGUGGUUUGCAACCAUGCUCAACCGCUUCAGACAAGUUGUCAACAAUGUGAUUGCAAACAUGCCCCAGAACCGUAGCCUAAAAGAUGUGGAGGAUAUGCAGGACACCAGCGGCCGUGGUCUGCAGGAGAAGUAUUCCUACACAAGGCCGGAAUUUCUCCAGCUCAGCUCUGAGGAAGUGUCCAUCGCUUCCGACUCUGUCAUCAGACCAAUCAUGGUUCCCAGGGAUUUAUCCAAGCUGCCAUGGCACUGUGGAUAUGCAGAAGCGGCCAAUGGAGGGAAGAGCAAAUUCAACGAGGACCAGGCAGCUGCCAGCCACUUUGUCCUCAAAGGUCAUAACCAGGAGAAGGUAGCCGUGGGAGCGGAGGACAGAUCCACGACUGGGGACCCAGACGACAUCCCGAUGACCUACUUUGCCAUCUUUGACGGCCACGCGGGGACCGGGGCUGCCCUCAUGUCGGCCAACACGCUCCACUACCAGAUCCUAGAGAAGCUGGACCGGGUCUACGAGCUCCUGGUCAACAGCACACCCGAGCACCGGCAGUUUUCUCGCCGGGGUGACCUGCGGCCCCAUAAGUGGCCCUUCUCAGAGACAGAGGUGUCAGUGGAGAGCCUGGUUACUGGUGCCCUGGAGGCCGCCUUCGUUGACAUGGAUGAUCAAAUAAGGCAAGAGAAGCUGUACUUUUCUGUGUCAGGAGGCUGCACGGUGCUAGUUGCCCUGUUUCUGCUGGGAAAGCUGUACAUAGCCAAUGCAGGAGAUAGCAGAGCCAUCAUAUGUAAGGGUUCAGAGGUCAUUCCCAUGUCGACUGACUUCAAUCCGGUAACGGAGAGACAGAGAGUGCAAUACUUAGCAAGCGUAAAGCCCGAGCUGCUGGGUGACGAGUUCUCCGCCUUGGAAUUCCAAAAGCGGGUCCACCGAAAGGACAUCGGCAAGAAAGUGAUGUACAGGGAUUGUACCAUGACAGGAUGGACAUACAAGCUUGUCACAGAGGAGGACCUGAAUUUCCCCCUGGUGGUGGGUGAAGGUAAGAAGGCCCGCCUGCUGGCGACCAUCGGUGUGACCAGAGGGUUCGGGGAUCAUGAUCUGAAGGUUCAAGGCACCGACAUUGCCAUCAAGCCCUUCCUCACACCAGUGCCAGAGGUCAAAGUGUACAACCUCUUUGACCAGGAGCACACCGAGAACGACGUACUGGUCUUGGCCACAGACGGCUUGUGGGACAUUCUCAGUAACGAGAAGGUGGUGGAGAUCGUGAUGGAGGUCAUGCUGAGCUUCCCUCCCGGGGAUUAUAAGAGGUAUGCUUCAGCGGCACAAGAGCUGAUCAUGGCAGCCAGGGGGAUCCUCAAAUCCAACGGCUGGCGGACCAAGGAUGGAAAGCCGGGAUCCGGCGACGACAUCUCGGUGUUCAUCGUCCCUCUGUGCCACCACAUUGGCCUGUCACCCCAGAACAGCUGGACGGAGUCCCACGACACCUCCGGUCUCGGCUCGUCAGACAGUCCACAGUGAGACCCAGAAUUUUUCGCUGGGAGAAGCAACCAACUAAAUUCAGCUGGAUACUGAUGAGAUAAAUGUGCCAGUUAAAGUCUAAAUGCUGUAAUGUGUGAAGCUGAAGAGUUCUUCCAGUUGUGCUGUGUUUGAAGUUGAGCAAGGACCUCGAAUGAAUGGUGCUGCAUAUGCUCAGAAGUAAGAAAAGGUAGCAUUGCAGUUUAUCUCGUUUUGAUCAGUAUGUGUUUAAGAAUAGAAAACAAACAUGGAGUGUGUACAUAUGUCCCGGCGUACCUGUGAGUCAUUUGUGCACAUCACUUUAUCUUCUUUUGUUUUUUAAAGAAAUGACAGCUAAUUAGAAAGUGUCCCGUCUUGCCACUUCAAGGCCAUACUUUGCAUGAGGUAGAGACAGCAUAAACUAGAAGUUAAUUGUAAAAUUCUAGUCCUUGUCUCCUGUGUCUCGCAUAACUUGAUUGUUGAUGCGUUAGUGUAUUUUGCCUUUUGUAAUGUGUUGUUUGAACCCAGCCAGGGAAGUCUCCUCAUGUCCAUAAGCAAGAUGCUUAACUGCAAUGGGAGACUUUUGAAAAACUCGCUGGUGGCAGAUACCGGUACUCUAGUCCGUUCACUUUGUUUACAUCAUAUUUGAGUUCCUGUGCACAUGCUCAAAAUAAGAGAAAUAAUAGACAGACAUGUUUGUUGCUGCCAAGUGGCUCAAAAGUCUUUACCACAGUUGCCUCCAUGAAAACUUGCAGCCAAUCAAGAUUGGGUUUGAAGCAGGCAGAGGCAUGAUUGUCCUCGUAUUCAUAGGCAAGACACUUUAAUGCAGUUGCAUCUGUGGGAAACUAAAAUGGAGAUUAGCUCCCAUUGCGUCGCCUUUAAUACUUUGUUCAUGUCCACCAUCCGAACUUUCAUUUAGAGCUGGGUUUAUACUCAGCUGGUAAAUCAUGACAACCCUCUCCAAACGUUUGCUGUGAUCUCGUUUUGCCAACCAAGAGGUUUUUUUGUCUCAUUUCAAAAGGACGCUGGGGAUUCCUCCAUCCCAUCUCAGUAUAUUGCCUUGGCAAACAACUGAUCUUUAGAGUGACACUGAUUUUAUCUUGUCUGUUAAGUUGCUACAAAACAUUUCUGUACAAUAAAGUAUAAAAAUGCUGUAAUUGGAUAUCAUUGUGUGUACAAAUAAAGGGAAGUGUAAUGUUAAAGUUCUCCCAAGCUUAGCCCAAGUUAGCAUAGGAAAAAAAUGUAUUUUUGUUACAUGAAGUGCCAAGAUUGUUACUUUCAGAUAUCAAAUUCCAAUGAAAUAUUGGAGGUCUCUAUAAUUUUAUGUAGAGAGCAUUUAAAUUUCCCAAAUUUAGGAAUUUUAUUUGUUGAGGCAUAGGAGCAGUUUGGUUUCUAUCACAGAAAGUGGCUUCUACCACUAGAAUUUAGAUCAAGCACUGGACAGUACAGGCAUAUCAGAAGUUUUUUUUAAAUUGCAAUAAAGCAGUGUAGGAUGCUUGUAUGUACUCCGGCCAUUAUGAAUUUUGUUUAUAAGUGUGCAUUAAUUUACCUAUUCAAGUACUAUUAGAAUAAUUUACCUAUUCAAGUACUAUUAGAUUUUGGUAAUUUUUGCCACUUCUCAUCAUAUUGAUUUCAUAAAUAUUUGUGAAUCUGAUUAUAUUUUGUAAUAUUAAUUAUUCCAACAAAAGUUUUAUAGUACAUGUACUGAAAAAAAUCUUAACUUUCAAAUUCUUGCUUUUUCUCUAGGUAUAGAUAACAAGGGUUUUCUUCUGUAUUAACUUCUUUUAUAACUUGAAUUCUUACUUUUUUUCUCUAACAAGGGUUUUCUUUUCUUCUGUUUGCCAAAGGAUAUAUUGUCAUUGAUUUU